AUGACAUUCAGAUUGGGAUUAAGUGUGAGGUCGGCGUUAAGUGCAUGUGAUUUAGUGCACUGCAGAAGUCACGUAUGGAGACAAUGCCGGCGAUUGAAGUCAUCGCAGAUUUGGUCCGACUUUUCGGACAACGAAGAGAACAAUUCGAGACGAAGACAUCAAAUGGUGGUUCAGUCGGGCUUCGAGUCGGAGACGGAACAGAUCACUGCACUUCUGCACGAGUUGUCCGACACUGACGGCCAGUCGUGGAGCCAUUGGGAAGAAGAGGGCGAACCCACGAUCCGAGGCGUGAAGACAAACGCCAUUCCUUUGCGACGAUUUAAAGAGAAGUCAUUGUAUGACCGGAAGAGACAUUUCGUGGACUGGAAGCAAAUCCAGUGUACGGCCGGAAAGGGCGGCGACGGUAUGAUCUGCUUUCUGAAGCUCUGGUGUAACGCAAUGGCCGGUCCCAGUGGUGGCGAUGGAGGCAAUGGCGGACACGUUAUCCUCGAAGCCGAUCACCAGACGAAGUGUUUGUCGAAUUUGUCGACACUCUUGAAGGCAGAGUCGGGCGAAAAGGGUAUGUCUAAAGACAUGAGCGGCAAAAAUGGCGAGCAUUUGGUGGUCAAAGUGCCGGUCGGGACACUCGUCAAGGAUUAUGAGACACAGAGACUGAUCGCAGAUCUCGAUGUCAGCGGAUCUAAGUUUAUAGCAGCGCGUGGAGGACAGGGAGGGAAAGGCAACCAUUACUUCCUGAACAACACUAACAGACAUCCAGGAGUAGCAGAAGUAGGCGCCACCGGAGAGUCAAAGAGAUGGACACUGGAGUUGAGGACAAUGGCUCACUCGGGGUUAGUUGGCUUUCCCAACAGUGGAAAGUCGACUCUCUUGAGAGCCAUAUCGCGAGCCAAACCAAAAGUGGCGAACUAUCCGUUCACUACAUUGAACCCAAUGGUGGGAAUCGUUGAUGGAAAGUCGACUCUCUUGAGAGCCAUAUCGCGAGCCAAACCAAAAGUGGCGAACUAUCCGUUCACUACAUUGAACCCAAUGGUGGGAAUCGUUGAGUACUCGGAUUACGAACAGUUAGCUGUGGCUGAUCUGCCGGGCAUUAUAUCGGGCGCUCAUCUCAACAAAGGUUUAGGUAUUUCCUUCCUGAGACACAUCGAGCGCUGUGUUUGUCUUUUCUAUGUCAUUGACCUGACAGUGGAUGAGCCCUACGAACAGCUCACGAGUCUUAUGACAGAACUCGAGCACUACAAGAAAGGUCUGUCCAAAAGGCCUCACACUAUAGUUGCCAAUAAGAUCGACGCUCCCGGCGCUCAACACAAACUCAAACUAUUAAAAGAAAGUAUAGGAGAAACCGAUUUUCGUAUAAUUGCUAUUUCCGCCAAAUAUGGCACUAAUUUGACUGAAUUGUUGAGAUAUUUUAGAGAGUUAUAUGAUUUGUAUAAUUAUGACGACAAUGAUAAUCGUCUCAAAGGUCUGUCCAAAAGGCCUCACACUAUAGUUGCCAAUAAGAUCGACGCUCCCGGCGCUCAACACAAACUCAAACUAUUAAAAGAAAGUAUAGGAGAAACCGAUUUUCGUAUAAUUGCUAUUUCUGCCAAAUAUGGCACUAAUUUGACUGAAUUGUUGAGAUAUUUUAGAGAGUUAUAUGAUUUGUAUAAUUAUGACGACAAUGAUAAUCGUCUCGUUUGGUAA